AUGUUUUCUCCAAAGUUAGAGGUUGAGGUCUCUUUGAUCAACCACUCGUAUGACAACGAUGUUCUCUCUGGGACCAUCAAUGUCCAAAACAUCGCGUACUCCAAGGUAGUCGUUGUCCAUUGGGCGUCUGGCGACACCUGGAGCGACUCUCAAACCAUAGCUGCUACCUACUCUUCCUCCGGUUCUAACAACUUCGAAACUUGGUCUUUCUCUGGUCGGGCUCCUGGCGCUACUCAAUUCUACAUCCGUUACGUCGUCUCCGGUCAGACCUACUACGACCCCGGCAACUACCAGAACCACCAGAUCUCUCGUCCUCCCGGAGGUGGCAACCCUAGCCCGCCCGGCCCUGCGCCGACUGGGCCUGCCAACCUCCCCGCUAUCCUUCCCUCCAACGUACCUUAUGAAGCGCCUGCCAACCCCCCUUCGGGAUGCAGCAACUUCAAUGGUUGGGAUAACUGCAACGGUGGAAACACCGAGAUGGUUGCCUCCUCCGAACGUCGCCGCUGGCAAACCCCUCCUCGUGGCGAUCCCGCCUACUUCGAGUCCUUCCAGGACUACAGCCACCUCGUCGGAUAUGCCAACAUUCAGUACAAUUCUGGCCGCACCAGCGCAGUCGUCACCGUCAACGCUGUGCACAAGGAGGGCGCUGAGCUCACCUACAGCUUCAAUGGCGUCGAGCAAUCGUCCCCCAGCUUCGAAGUCGAUAGCAGCCUUCAAGGAACUCUGGCCAUUACUGUCACCAGCUCAGAUGGCAAGAAGCUUGUUCUCGAGCCUCUCAACUUCUUCUGGCAGCACCAGUCUCUGUCGGCCGCACAGAGCAACUUCAACAACGGCCAGAAGGGUGGUAUCGUCGAGUUGUUCGGCUGGCCCUGGAAGGAUAUUGAGAAGGAGUGCGAGUUCCUUGGCAAGGCUGGAUACAUGGGUGUCAAGGUUUGGCCUCCUACCGAGCACGUCUGGGGCUCCCACCACUACGAGCCCGACACCCAAUUCCGCCCUUGGUAUCAGGUCGGCCGCAACGCGACUGACUACUCCCCCUAUUACACCAAUGGCAACACCUACCUCAUCAACCCCUUCACCGGUACCCGCCCUACCCUCGAGUUCCCCGCCGUCCCUUUCGGCCCUACCGACUUCCACUGCGAGCGCGGCAUCGACGACUGGAACAACGGCUUCCUCAUCACCCGCGGCUGGCUCGUCGGCCUCACCGACCUCAACACCGCCAAGCCCUACGUCCAGGACCGAAUUGCGACCUUCCUCGUCGACCUCAUCUCCAUCGGUUUCUCUGGGUUCCGGGUCGACGCUGCCAAGCACAUUGGUCCCAACGAGAUGGCUCAGAUUCUCGGGCGAGUGAAGAACAAAUUGGGCGGAUCGUUGCCGGCUGACUUCCUCACCUGGAUGGAAGUUAUCAUCGGUGGUGAAACGCAGCUGAAUGCCUGUGGUGGUGGAGAGUACAGCUGGUACACCAACUUCGACAAUAGACUGCGGGCCAAUGGCUUCGGCAACGACGAUAUCCAGAAGGUCAAGAUUUGGAGCUCUGACUACCCCGCUAGCAUGCCUAUCUGCGGCCACUGGAUCCUCCCCCCUUCCCGCUUCGCCGUCCAGAACGAUGAUCACGACCAACAGCACGAGGGCUCCUCACCCCGCUGGAUGGGCGACAAGGGAUCCGUUCUCAUCAAGGAUAAGAACGUCGGCGCCCACCGCCACUUCUCCGUUAACCUCUUCUCCCGCCGCGACCACGACUGGCACAUCAAGCUCCUCCUGUCUUCCUACAUGUUCAGCCACGAAGGCGGAAACGGCUUCCCCGACGGCCUGAGCGACUGCAACACCCACUACACCGGUACCCUCCCCCGCUCCGGCUGCAGGGGUAUCGGCUUCGACCAGGCAUACGUCGCCAAUGCCUGCGGUUACACCAUGGUCCCCGGCAAAUAUACCAGACCCCACCGUGACAUCAGCAUCAUCAACGCGAUGAGAGGAUGGGUCGGACUUCCCCCUACCAAUGCUCACGACCUGGGCAUUCCUGGCUGCCAUUAG